AUGGCGCUGUUAGGUUGUCUCCGGCUUCUCCUCCUGUUAACAGUAUCUGGACCCGUGGCUUGUGACCGUUUUGGGGACUUUGAGUACAAAUACGCCGUCAAACGAGAGAAUCUCCAUCAACAGGAACGAGUGUUUGCGGGGUACCAGUCCGAUUACACAGAGAACGAACAGAUUGUGCAGAACUACUUAGAGUACUUGAAGUGGGUCGAAUUUCUUAAAACUAAGGACAACUUUCCACCAGCUCGUCCAAUCAAGAACCACCUUGCUAACAUCAAAGCCUCGGGUAUUUAUCGUCUCCUGAAACGGUUUCCUAAAGGCGGAAAUAUGCACCUACAUCACAACCACGUUGUUAGCAAAGCGACCCUCCUGGAUAUCAUAUAUGCAAACCCUUUCUUGCUGGACAAUUUCUAUGUAAAGGAAUCACCUGAACCAAACAAAUGGCGGUUCAACUUCUACCUCAAUCCACCCAGUGGAUGGGUUAAAGUAAAGGACAAUGUUAAGUACACGAAAGAUUCCAUGGUGAAGCAUUCCACGUUUUUGGGAAUUAUGAACGAUACACUCAUUAAUUUGCCGACGGAUAGCAGUCUUAGAUGGAAGCAAAUUUCGCCUUUGUUCAGUACUAUGGGAUCAUCCAUCGUAAACCAGGUUAACAUGUCAAGGUUACACAUGGAGGCAAUGCUUCAGGCUGCCAUGGACGAAAACGUACAAUAUCUGGAAACUAAAGUCUCCGCCUACAAUAAACUUUAUUAUUUGGACCCCAAUCCUGCUUAUGCAAGCAAAAAUGGAAAACAUUAUGUGGAUAAUGAUUUGGGAGAAGAGGAACUUCACAUUGCAGACGAGGUAUUGAAUCAAUUUCGUCAGAAGAAUCCGUCUUUUAUUGGAUAUAAACGAAUUGUUAAUUCGUACAGAAGAUCCGAUCCUGCAACACUCAAGUCCGACGCAGAGAAAGCCCUUACGCUUCAUAAGAAGUACCCCCAUCUUGUUGCAGGAUUUGAUAUGGUGGCAGAAGAGGACCUUGGUUAUUCCCUUCUGUUUUACCUCAGGGACUUUGUGGAAUUGCAAGUAAGGAAUGAAUCUUUGCCAUAUUUUUUUCAUACAGCGGAAACAAACUGGCCUGCGGAAUAUCUAACAUCUACUCAUGUAACAGACCCAGUCGCUACGAUUGAAAAUACAUACGACGCCAUUCUGUUGGGUGCCAAAAGGGUAGGACAUGGGAUAGGUUUUUUGACACAUCCAUAUCUAAUGGACCUUUUAAAGCAAAAGAAGAUUGCAGUGGAGGCAAAUCCAGCCAGUAACAAGUUGCUGGGUUACGUUCCCGACCAGCGCCACCAUCCAGCUAUAUCUUACAUUCGGUAUGGAAUACCUGUGGUCUUAGGAGCAGAUGACCCAUCUACGUUUGGAUAUGAUGAAUUCACUGUUGACUGGUACGAGGCAGUUAUGGGAUGGGAUCUUACUCUUGCUGACAUGCGCCAUUUGGCAACGAAUUCACUACAGUACAGUUCUCUUCUUGAUUCAGAGAAACCAGCAGCCAUCACCAAGUGGCAGAACUCCUAUAAUCUUUUCAUAACUAACACGAAACAGGAAGCAUGUAAAUUAACCUUCAACGACACAACACCAAUUGUUUCUUCUAUUUUUCCUCAUGAAGGCCCAAUACACGGUGGAAGUAUCGUCAAAGUUUUCGGGCGACAUUUUCAUAGAGCAAUAUGCAAAACCAUCUACUGUCGAUUUGGAAGUGCGACAACAAAAGGAACCCUAGUCUACGAUCACAUCAUCAAUUGCCCCUCCCCGGUGAGAGCUUCACACGGCUCUCAUCUUGAUCCACUGCAUGUUCAAUUCAGUGUAUCUCUGGACAAUGGCGCUACCUUUACCGGUACGAACAAAACUUACUCGUUCAUGCACCCACCUAAUGGCAUCCCGAACAUCGCUGUUGGGUGA